AUGAUGUGGUCUAAUUUCUUCAUGCAAGAGGAAGACCGUCGCCGGACGGCUGUGGGCCGCCGUCGUGCCCAAGAACAGCAGAAUCUCGGCUUGACUCCGGAGCGAGAGGGCAAGAUCAAGCUGGGGUUGCUGGUGGCUAUCGUGGGUGCCACUCUGGCUGUGCUGGCUGUGGGCACCGAGUUCUGGGUGGAACUCAAUACAUACAAGACCAAUGGCAGCGCCGUCUGUGAGGCCGCCCAUUUGGGGCUGUGGAAGGUGUGCAUCAAGCGACUGUGGCAGGCGGACGUGCCCGCGGGCAGGGAGACCUGUGGCCCAGCUGAGCUGCCAGGAGAAGCAAACUGCACCUACUUCAAAUUCUUCACCACGGGGGAAAAUGCACGCAUCUUCCAGAGAACCACCAAGAAAGAGGUAAACCUGGCAGCUGCCGUGAUAGCUGUGUUGGGCCUGACAGCCAUGGCCUUGGGCUGCCUCUGUGUCAUCAUGGUGCUCAGUAAAGGUGCAGAGUUCCUGCUCCGCUUGGGAGCUGUCUGCUUUGGCCUCUCAGGCCUGCUGCUGUUUGUCAGCCUGGAGGUGUUCCGGCAUUCCGUUAGAGCCCUGCUGAAGGGAGUCAACCCUGAGACCCCUCCAGCUCCACGCCUGGCUUAUGAGUAUUCCUGGUCCCUAGGCUGUGGUGUGGGCGCUGGUCUAAUCCUGCUGCUGGGAGGAGUCUUUUUCCUCCUGCUCACCAUGCCUUCCUGGCCCUGGAGGUCACUGUGCCCCAAACGGGGUGGCCCGACUGUCUAGAGCUCUGGCCUGCUUUCUGAAGUCUGCCAACCCUGCCGCAGUUUCCAGCUUUCUCCUCAGGACUUUUCAUCUCUCUUCCAAAGAAACUGUUUUUCCCCACUCUGGGGGACCCAUUUCACAAGGUGUCUCGGUCCCUCAUCUUCUCUGUGUAAAUAAUGCUUUGGGGGUGUGGAGAAUGCCUCAGUAAGUAAAGCGCUUGCUGAGCAAGCUUGGGGACUUGAGGUCUGAGUCCCAGAACCCACUCUGAAAGCCAGUGCAGCAGUACAUGUCUGUAAUUCCAGUGUUGGGAGGGCAGAGAUUAGAGGAACCCUGGAGCUCACUGACCACCUAGCCUAGCCAAUCAAUGAGGUCAGGUUCAGUGAGAGACUCCGACUCAAGAUAUAAGGCAGAAACAACAGAGGAAGAUGCCUGAUGAUAAACUCUGACCUCCGCGCGCGCACACACACACACACACACACACACACUUUUUUUCUUGGUAGAUGAAUUUGGGUUACUUGAGGUAGGAUGAGAAGAGGCCAUAUGCAAAUGGGGCUCCCUGGGGGACCUGUCUAGGGACCUGACAGAGAGAUGGGUGUGAGCUGUGAAAGGGCAGGGGUCCCAGAAGGCUUUGGGAGCUUUCUUUGUCCAAGUCACUCAAGGGAGAGAUGUCCUCCGACUGCCUGGUGGGACAGGGAAGAGCCCGGCUUCACUGUCAUCUGACUUGGGAUUAAAGGUUUGAGGAUGUGAC